CGCAGCUCUCAACUCUUUCCCGGCGCUUACCCGGAGCUCUCUCAACUCAAACACCGCCGGAGGAAACCACGCCCUCGUCUCUUCCUGGCUAUCUUCCUUGCUUCCUUUCUGCUGUUGUUCUUGCUGCUGUCUUCCACGCCGGAGCUCUCUCAGCAUGGAGAUGGACUCUGUGGUCAGCUUGGGGUACAAUUCUAAAUUUGAGGGUAGUGGUUUUGUUAUGUUCACCAGUCAACCAGCAUUUCUAGUCAUGACAUGCGAGCAUGUUGUUGGGUCGUAUAAGAGUAUCCAAGUCACAUUCCCUGGCAAAACAAAAUGGUAUUCAGCUGGAGUACGUUGGACAGACAAAGAUGCAGACCUUGCUUUACUUAGAUUUGCUCCUGAUGGAGACUGCAGUAGAUGCGCCGCACUGCAGUUCGCAGACCCAAACACUACUGCGCUAAAUAGUGGAAAUGUUGAGAUGAUAGCAUUCCAUGCUACUUCACCUGGACGCCUUCUGUACCCAGGAGUGUUCGAUGGCUGCAUCACUGCAGCGCCGGAAGAUGGUAAAAUAACUUGUAAUUAUGCAUCCGAGCAUGGCACAUCAGGAGGUCCUGUGCUCAAGAGAAAUAAGGUUGUUGGGGUGCACAAGGAGUCCCUUGAAGUAGUCAAAAAGGCCGUUUCUGUUGUGACUGUACUCGACACAUUACGGAAGCGGCAUCCUAACCCAGGCAAUAGCGGAAUUGAUGAGAUUCUACGAUGGCAUGCUAAUUAGGCAUCACGUAUCAAGCAGCUAGCAGGAGGCAACAUGAGACGUUUCCAUGUGCGUGGUUGCUCUGUCGCAUGAACCCUGGAGGUUCAAGUAGUGUUGUUGGUUUGUAACCUGUGUGUCGGUUAAUGAUCAGUGUACUCUUGUAUGUUUAAUUUGCCUUCUCCCUGUAGGGUAGUAUUAUCGGUUUGUAAAACCUGUGUAUCUUUAUUAUCGGUUUGUAAAACCUGUUCGGAUGCUUGAGUGCAUCAUAUUUUA